UUUUUUUAUCGCCUUAUAACAGGAUAUCUCACUGGCGCGAAAAACGCACUGUGUGGCUUUCUAUUACACAUUGUGGGGCGGACCUUGUGUUUUCAGUUUGAGCCCCGGCUUUUUGUUGCUUUAAAAAAAAAAAUUAAAAUACAACAAAAGUAGCCUAUGGACUGCGUCGAAAUACCGCAUCUUUGUAUCCAGCAACAACUCGAACAGCUUUUAUCCGUUUGAUCUCCGUGCGCCUUGGACGCUUUGCUCUUUGGCUGCCGAGGGAUUUUCAAUGCCCUGAAUUUCGCUGUGGGAUUUAGCUCAGAGCCGGUUGUGCAGGACGUUCUUCAGAGGCCACUGGUGUCAUUUGAUCAUUUCUUGGAAUACCCUCUAAAGGAUUUUAUUAACUGGAAACAUGGAGUUCGACUGUUACCAGCACUAUUUUUUCAACGAUUUCGACACAGAGGAGGAUUUUUACAAGUCGACCGCACCAAGCGAGGACAUAUGGAAAAAGUUCGAGCUGCUGCCCACCCCUCCCAUGUCUCCCACCCGGACUCUGAGCGGUGGUGCUCUGCAACUCUCGCCGGGAGACAAGCUCAGCUGGCUGUCCAAAGUCCUGGGUCAGGACGAGGAGUGCGAGGGUCAGUUCAUCCCCGAUACAGAGAAGCUGUUCGGCAACCUCAGCUCCAUCAUCAUCCAGGACUGCAUGUGGAGUAGUUUCUCUGCCAGUAAGCAGCUGGAGAAGGUCAACGGGAGAGUGUCAGCUGCAGCACAGACCGGUGUCUCCCCUGUUGCCCAGAUCGCCGUGAAACCGAGCAAAGCGCAGUGCGUCUCUCCCGGUGGCCCGCUCGCCGCCUCGGCGACAGACUGCGUCGACCCCGCGGCUGUUCUCACCAUCCCGGCAAGCAGCUGCAGGAAGUCGGCGUCGUCUGGCUCCGAGUCUCGCUCUGAUUCCUCUGAUGAUGAAGAGGAAAUCGAUGUGGUCACUGUGGAGAGUAAACAGAACCGGGUGCGGCUGGUGAACGUAAAAAAACCAGUGACCAUCACGGUCCGGGCCGACCCCUGUCCCAAACGCUUCCACAUGUCUGUCCACCGGCAACAGCACAACUACGCCGCCCGCUCCCCAGACAGCGAGCCAGAACCUGAGGAGGAUGAGGAGGAGGAAGAAGAUGAGGAGGAGGAGUAUGAGGAAGAGCCUCAAAGCAAGCGUACCUGCACAGCAUCCAGUCAGCAUCCGGGCUGUUCGGCUCGUGUCUCCCAGCCCACCUCCCCCUCAGAGUCUCCCCAAAACUCAGACACAGAGGACACGGACCGCAGGCGGAACCACAACUUCCUUGAGAGGAAGAGGAGGAAUGAUCUCCGGUCCCGUUUCCUUGCCCUACGGGAUCAGAUCCCCGGCCUUGAGUCGGCCAAGACACCGAAGGUGGCCAUCCUGACACAUGCAACAGAGUACCUCGUGGAGCUGCACACCAAGGAGAAACGGCAGCUUCAGGAGAAGAAACGCCUCAAGACCCGACAACAGCAGCUUCUACGCAGAUUAUCUGAACUGAAGCACUCUUGAGAUGCAAACGAGUGUGUUUUUGAAAUGAACUGCCUCAUUCAGUCAGGAACUUUUACUCUCAAAGUUACCUGUCGCUUUUCCAAAAGCUACAGUUUUUAUAUAACAUGCCUCAUGUAAAUAGCUGUGAAUUUUGUUUGGAAUACAAUACAUUCAUAUUGCUAGAGGCCUAUGAAUUGACUGUGCUUAUCAAUGAACCUGAUAGUGGGAGGAGCAGUGUGCUGUGUUUUAAUUUUUUCUUUGCACAGUGUUUUUAGUUAUGAACAGGGGUAAUGAAAUUGAUUUUAUAGCUAUAAUUCCUGGUAUGCUGUGAUGGGAAACAAUAUAAUCUGUUGUCAGAAUUUUGGUAAUAGUUUACCAGUGUGAUGUAGCCUUCAGGGUGUGUGUGGAAGUUGGUUGAGAGGUCUUCAUUUCAUCAUUGCACACUUAUAAUUGGAGUGAAGUGUGAAUGCCUUUCUGUGUACAUAUGAGUGAGUGAAUGAGUUAGUUCCUGGUUUGGUUGAUUGUUUGUUUGAUGUACAAAUUGUUCUGUAAAUAAUAGCUUAUCGCUCCUGGUGAAGGAGACAAAAUCAAGAGUUGUCUUUAUGACGUGCCACCAGGCACCGAUGAACCUCUAUUUUGUUAAGAAAAUAGGAAAAAUGGGCAAAAAAAAGAAGAAGUAGCACUGCUGUACUUUAUGUCUAUGGAAGAGGAUUAGGGCCACGUGUGAAAAAUACAUUUUCCACUUGUGGAAAAAGUCAGAAUCCUGAGUUCACCCUAACUCAUAUAAAUUUUCACAUGUGGCGCUAAUCCUCUUCCGUAUAUAUCUCACAUGUCACUUUGUGAUUUCAAUGCUUCUCCUGAUUUUGGUUGAUUUUAAGCAUGCUAACAUCAACGGCAACAUUAAAUUUUUAUACCAUAUUUGCAUACAAA